GUAAGAGCAAACAAGAGGGAUGAAAUUUAAUUUCCAACAUAUUCUUUUUUUACACCAGAGGGGAAUGGAGUGAAAAACGAUCCAUGACAUUAUUCAGCACAUAAGUUUUUACAUCUUGUUGUGCUUUUCUGUGUGACUCCUGCUGCUCGGUUUAAGCAUCACAUUUCCGGAACUUAUUCCUUCACAGAGAAAUGUUUCCCUUUUGAAUAAUAGUCUGAUCACGGUUGAUGUCAUUACCAUUUUAAUUGUCCAAUUAGCAUUAUUAGGCACUAGAAGAUGCUUAAGAGUCAGUUGUUACAAGGAUCAAUGGUAGCAUUGAGAUUUCUGGUAUGUUUAUGUAAGCUGUUUUAUGUCAUAACAGAGAAGGACUCCACAAGUCAAUAAAAUAGACAGAAUAAAAAUGGUGGGUUGUCAAGAGGCUGUCAUUUAUUUCCCUUUUCUCUUCUGUUGCAGCACUGGCUAGAUGAUAAGACAAGCAGAGGACAAGGAGUAAAGACAUUCCUGUGGAGAGGAGCGGCGCAACUGCUUCCCUUCAUCUGCAGCUGAUGACUGUCCUCCAGGAGUCUGGAGCAAAGGGCUUAGCAGCAAGCCUGCAUGUUUGCUGAGGGGCGCGCCCCAGCUUGUAUGUUGGUCACCUGCGUUUGUUCUUACUCACACGGACCAUGUGGUUUUCUCCAAGGAGAAAUCGUUUUCCCUCGCAGAACUGCCACAGCGCCGGGAAGUGCACCGGUUUCAGCCUCUCCCUGUGGGUGUUAAGCGUUUGUUGGUGUUUAGCAGCUGUGAAAGGGCAGAACUACUACCCCACUGUGAACACACAGUAUGGAAAACUCAGAGGGGUGAGGGUUCCCCUGCCCAGUGAGAUUUUGGGACCCGUUGACCAGUACCUGGGCGUCCCGUAUGCGGCCCCCCCAGUGGGAGAGAAACGCUUUAUGCCCCCAGAGCCUCCUUCCUCCUGGUCAGGGAUCAAGAACACCACCCACUUUGCACCUGUCUGCCCCCAAAAUAUUCACAAUGCUGUGCCAGAGAUCAUGAUGCCAAUCUGGUUCACCUUCAACCUGGAUAUUGUUACCACGUACAUACAGGAUCAACACGAGGAUUGUCUGUACCUAAACAUCUAUGUUCCAACAGAGGAUGUCAAAAGAAUAUCCAAGGAAUGUGCGAGGAAACCCAACAAGAAAAUAUGUAGAAAAGGAGGGGUCCAUGCAAAAAAACAGGGCGAGGAGUUAUCGGAAAACAACGGUGAUGAAGACGAAGACAUACGAGACACUGGGGCCAAGCCUGUGAUGGUCUACAUCCAUGGAGGAUCUUACAUGGAGGGCACGGGCAACAUGAUAGAUGGGAGCGUCCUGGCCAGCUACGGAAACGUCAUUGUUAUCACUCUCAACUAUCGCGUCGGAGUCCUCACUGUGUUUGGUCUGCUUUCCCAUUCUCACUCAGAAGGUCUGUUCCACAGAGCUAUCAUUCAGAGCGGGUCGGCCCUUUCCAGCUGGGCGGUGAACUACCAGCCAGUCAAGUAUACGCGCCUUUUGGCAGAGAAGGUGGGCUGUAAUGUCCUGGACACUUCAGACAUGGUGGACUGUCUGAGGAAAAAGAGCUCCAGGGAGCUGGUGGAGCAGGACAUACAACCUGCAAGGUAUCACGUGGCCUUCGGACCUGUAAUUGAUGGUGACGUUAUCCCGGACGACCCAGAGAUUCUGAUGGAGCAGGGUGAAUUCCUCAACUACGACAUCAUGUUGGGGGUUAACCAGGGUGAAGGGCUGCGAUUUGUGGAAAAUGUGGUGGAUUCAGAGGACGGCGUGUCUGGAAAUGACUUUGACUUCUCUGUAUCUGAUUUCGUGGACAGUUUGUAUGGGUACCCAGAGGGAAAGGACACUCUAAGGGAGACCAUUAAGUUCAUGUAUACAGACUGGGCAGACAGGGACAAUCCAGAGACUAGACGGAAGACACUGGUGGCUCUGUUCACCGACCACCAGUGGGUUGAACCAUCAGUGGUGACUGCAGAUCUCCAUGCUCGCUAUGGCUCACCAACAUACUUCUAUGCCUUCUACCAUCACUGCCAGAGUCUGAUGAAACCUGCAUGGUCAGAUGCCGCCCACGGGGAUGAGGUGCCAUAUGUCUUUGGAAUUCCCAUGAUUGGUCCUACUGACCUUUUCCCAUGUAACUUCUCCAAGAAUGAUGUCAUGCUUAGUGCUGUUGUCAUGACAUAUUGGACCAACUUCGCCAAAACCGGGGAUCCCAAUAAACCGGUUCCCCAGGACACCAAGUUCAUCCACACCAAGGCCAACCGUUUCGAGGAGGUGGCAUGGUCCAAGUACAACCCGCAAGACCAACUGUACCUGCAUAUCGGCCUGAAACCCCGCGUGCGUGACCACUACCGUGCCACCAAAGUGGCCUUCUGGAAACACCUCGUGCCCCACCUCUACAACCUACAUGACAUGUUCCAUUACACAUCAACCACCACCAAAGUGCCACCCCCAGAGACCACACAGAACACCUUGUCUACCAAAAGGCCAUUCAAUACCAAACAUCCCCCCAUGUCACCAGCCUACAACAGCGAGGAUAAAAGCUCCUGGAACGAUAAUGAGGAGGCGGGACCUAUUGUCGUGGAGAACCCGAGGGAUUACUCCACCGAGCUCAGCGUCACCAUCGCCGUCGGAGCCUCUCUACUGUUUCUCAACGUCCUGGCUUUCGCAGCGCUCUACUAUCGCAAGGACAAGCGGCGCCAGGACCCCAGCCACGGGCAGCCCAGCCCACAGCGCCAAACCACCUCCAACGACAUAGGCCACCACGCGCCUGAGGAGGAGAUCAUGACGCUGCAGAUGAACCAGACCCACCACGAGUGUGAAGCGGGAAACAGCAACGAAGGAGCCCUGCGCUUGACCUCACUCCCCGACUACACGCUCACUCUGCGACGCUCUCCGGACGACAUUCCCCUCAUGACGCCCAACACCAUAACCAUGAUUCCCAAUUCACUGGUGGGCAUGCCCAACCUGCAUCCAUAUAACACCUUCACGACUGGCUUCAACUCCACUGGCCUACCGCACUCCCACUCAACCACCCGAGUAUAG